AUGAGUUUCUCCAAUCCCAUCAUCCCCGGCUUCAACCCAGACCCCUCCAUCGUCCGCGUUGACCACGACUUCUUCCUCGUGACCUCGACAUUUGAAUACUUCCCCGGUGCCCCGAUCUAUCAUAGCCGUGAUCUCAUUCAGUGGACUUUGAUCGGCCAUGCGCUGACCAGACCUACUCAGCUUCAAAUUCAUACACCGGAACCCGGGGGUGGCGUGUGGGCCACGACCAUCAGGUAUCACCGUGGUGUGUUUUAUAUCGUUGCUGCUAGUUUUCAGCGAUAUCGACCUCAGCAAGAUGAUCGGGUCUGGCCGCAGGGGUUCUAUGUAAAGACCAGUAAUAUCUGGGAUGAUAGUACGUGGUCGGAUCCUGUUUAUUUUGAUCAAGUUGGGUUUGAUCAGGAUCUCUUCUGGGAUGACGAUGGGGUGGUCUAUCUGUCGUCUACUUAUCGCAAGCUUCAACCUACACCCGGUGCCAAGCUCAAAGACUUUGCCAUUCACAUCUGCACCGUGGAUCUGGACACCGGACGCUCUACAUCAGAACCCAAGUUGAUUCGUGAAUCAACUUCCGGUGUUGCGGAGGGCUCUCACAUCUUCAAGCGCGGUCAUUACUGGUACUUGUUCACGGCAGAGGGCGGCACCGAGAGUGGACAUAGCGAAUGGGUCUGUCGCAGCGAGAGCGGACCUUUAGGGCCCUGGGAAGUUGGGCCAAGUAAUCCCCUCUGGCGUAAUGGUGUGGAAGAUGAGGUGCAAAACACCGGCCACGCCGAUCUGGUUGAAGAUGUCAACGGCCAGUGGUGGGCAGUGCUGUUGGGCGUACGACCUAUGCGACGAGGCGAAGAAUGGGAAGAAUCCGUGCUAGGGCGUGAAACCUUCCUCGUUGCAGUCGAGUGGGUCAACAACUGGCCCGUGUUCAAUGGGAGCGAGAAGAUCACGAUCCAGUCUGUCGGACCCGGUCUCUACCAACACACAGUUCCCGUCCUCUGGAGGGACGAUUUCGUCUGCCCCAAACUCCAGCUGGGGUGGUACCGGAAGAAUACGCCCUUCACGGUGGACUACUCGCUCACUGAGCGCCCCAACCAUCUCCGUCUGUAUGGUGGACCUUACAAUCUUUCAGCUCCCGCUUGUCCCACUCUGUUUCUGCGUAAACAGGCUCAUCGAUUUUGCACUUGGGAGACGGAGUUGACCUUUGAGCCGACUUCUGAAUACACGGAAGCGGGGACGGCCUGCUGGUGGACCUAUUUUACGUAUAGCAGUAUCGGCAUUCGGAAACGAGGCGACCAUAAAAUCCUUCGCUUUCGGCCAUCGGAGGGUAAUGUAGUGGAGAGGCCUUUGGGCUCAUCGACCGUUGUGCUCGUGGUGGAAUGCGGCAACGAGUAUCGCUUUGGAUACCGUGAAUCGACAGACCACAUCGAAUGGAUUGGCAGCGUGUCUAAUCAAGCCGCAACUAAGGCACCACCAGUGGGUGCCCCGUUUACAGGAAUGAUGCUGGGGCUCUAUGCAUUUGGGGAACGUCAACGGUGUUUGAGUCCCGCCGACUUUUCAUAUGCACAAUUUAGAUAG